CCGGGCGAGGAGGCGGCGGCGGCGGCGGCGGCGGCGGCGGGCACCCGCUGAGCCGUGGACCCGGCAGCAAGACAUCCUAAAAUAAAUCCAUCAGAAUGACACCUUCUCAGGUCACCUUUGAAAUAAGAGGAACUCUUUUACCAGGAGAAGUUUUUGCAAUAUGUGGGAGCUGUGAUGCAUUGGGAAACUGGAAUCCUCAAAAUGCUGUCACUCUUCUUCCAGAGAAUGAGACCGGUGAAAGCAUGUUAUGGAAAGCAACCAUCGCCCUCAGUAGAGGAGUAUCAAUUCAGUAUCGCUACUUCAAAGGGUGCUUUUUAGAACCAAAGACUAUCGGUGGUCCAUGUCAAGUCAUAGUUCACAAGUGGGAGACUCAUCUACAACCACGAUCAAUAACCCCUUUAGAAAAUGAAAUUACUAUUGAUGACGGACAGUUUGGAAUUCACAAUGGUGUUGAAACUCUGGAUUCUGGAUGGCUGACAUGUCAGACUGAAAUAAGAUUACGCUUGCAUUAUUCUGAAAAACCUCCUGUCUCAAUUACCAAGAAAAAGUUGAAGAAAUCUAGAUUUAGGGUAAAGCUGACACUGGAGGGCCCAGAGGAAGAUGAUGAUGAUAGGAUUUCUCCCACUGUUCUUCAUAAGAUGUCCAAUACUCUGGAGAUAUCUUUAAUAAGUGAUAAUGAGUUCAAGUGCAGGCAUUCACAGCCAGAGUGUGGAUAUGGCUUGCAGCCUGACCGUUGGACAGAGUACAGCAUCCAGACAAUGGAACCAGAUAACCUAGAACUAAUCUUUGAUUUUUUUGAGGAAGAUCUCAGUGAACAUAUAGUUCAGGGUGAUGCUCUUCCUGGACAUGUGGGAACAGCAUGCCUCUUAUCAUCCACCAUUGCUGAGAGUGGGAAGAGUGCUGGAAUCCUCACCCUUCCCAUCAUGAGCAGAAAUUCCAGGAAAACAAUUGGCAAAGUAAGAGUUGACUUCAUAAUUAUUAAGCCAAUACCAGGAUACAGUUGUGAUAUGAAAUCAUCAUUUUCCAAGUAUUGGAAGCCAAGAAUACCGUUGGAUGUUGGACAUCGAGGAGCAGGGAACUCUACAACAACUGCCCAGUUGGCUAAAGUUCAAGAAAAUACUAUUGCUUCCUUAAGAAAUGCUGCUAGUCACGGUGCAGCCUUUGUAGAAUUUGAUGUACACCUUUCAAAGGACUUUGUGCCUGUGGUAUAUCAUGAUCUCACUUGUUGCUUGACUAUGAAGAAGAAAUUUGAAGCUGAUCCAGUUGAAUUGUUUGAAAUUCCAGUAAAGGAAUUAACAUUUGACCAACUCCAGUUGUUAAAGCUCUCUCAUGUGACUGCACUGAAGUCUAAGGAUCGGAAAGAAUCUGUGGUUGAAGAAGAAAAUUCCUUUUCUGAAAAUCAGCCAUUUCCUUCUCUUAAAAUGGUUUUAGAUUCUUUGCCGGAAGAUGUAGGAUUUAACAUAGAAAUAAAAUGGAUCUGUCAACAAAGGGAUGGAAUGUGGGAUGGCAACUUAUCAACAUAUUUUGACAUGAAUCUGUUUUUGGAUAUAAUUUUAAAAACUGUUUUAGAAAACUCUGGGAAGAGGAGAAUAGUGUUUUCUUCAUUUGAUGCAGAUAUCUGCACAAUGGUUCGACAAAAACAGAACAAAUAUCCCAUAUUAUUUUUGACUCAAGGAAAAUCCGAUAUUUACCCUGAGCUAAUGGACCUCAGGUCUCGGACAACUCCCAUUGCAAUGAGCUUUGCACAGUUUGAAAAUCUUCUGGGGAUAAAUGCACACACUGAAGACCUGCUCAGAAACCCAUCCUAUAUUCAGGAGGCGAGAGCUAAGGGACUGGUCAUAUUCUGCUGGGGUGAUGAUACCAACGAUCCAGAAAACAGAAGGAAAUUAAAGGAAUUUGGAGUCAAUGGUCUGAUUUAUGAUAGGAUAUAUGAUUGGAUGCCUGAACAGCCAAAUAUAUUCCAAGUGGAGCAGUUGGAACGCCUGAAGCAAGAACUGCCAGAGCUGAAGAGCUGUUUGUGCCCCACUGUGAGCCGCUUUGUCCCCUCGUCUUUGUGCGGGGAGCCUGAUAUCCACGUGGAUGCCAAUGGCAUUGACAACAUGGAGAAUGCAUAGUUGCUGUCGCGGAGACCAUUUGGGUAUUCACUUUUCAUCACUGAGCAUCUAUGCCUUUUGGGUUUCUUAGUCCAAUGAAGCAAUAAUGAAGUAUUUUACUCUUUCACUACAGUUCUUGCAAGAAUUUCAAGUAUGCUAUUUAAUCACUUGGCCAGGUAUAAUUGCCAGUCAUUCUCUUUACAAUAAGAAAAUUUAUUGGUUGGUAAAUAUUUUGAACUAAAUAUAUAAACAUAUAAUGUUCAAUAAAUGUCCUUAACAGCAUAGCACUUCGAAAUUAACUAUAUAAAUAUCUCAUAUUUAUACUUCUUAACAGCUUAUUUGAUCAGGUCUGAAAUCUUUAGCACUUGAGGAAAUGACUGUGCAUAAUUAUACCUGACCAUGGAAAAGAAUAAGUACCUCAAAUGCAUGCAUUUGCACUGGUGAUUCCAACUGCACAAUUCUUUGUGCCAUCUGUGUAUAUAGGCGUUUUUUACAUGGGUUGACAUGCACAUAUAUCAUUUUCAUUCAGGAUGAACCUUGAGGCUGCUGCCAUUUUUCCACUUAACCAAACCAGCCUGGAGGUGAACCUUGGAAUUUGUUUCCUAAGUCUUUCAGAAGUUGUUUUGCAUAAAUGUUAAAAUUUCAAAAGGCUGCAGGGUAAUUUAAUGUAUAAAAUAUUAGAAGUAUGUAGUGCAUACCUAGUAGAGUAGAUCACAAUGUAUAUAUUCAAUUCAGUGCAUGCUUUAGGUUUCAAGCAUGGGAUUGUACACGUUUACUGAUAAGUCCUUGCAUCUGUGGUGCUAGGUGAGUGUAAGAAGAUGUCAAGGACUGAAAAUAUUUUGUUGCCUAAAAAAAAAAAAAGCCUGUUUGUGGGCAUAUUAAACAUGCUUAUUUUAAGGGUAU